AUGGCCCGCUUCACCAAGAGACAGAUCAUCACGAGUAUCAGCGUCCUCGUAAGUCUUCAACAGACCCGAGAUUGGCAGGGCAAAACGAGCGUUGAAUUGACGCGUGCUGCUACUGUGUAGUUCCUCGCCGCGCUCACGGCUCUGGCGGCGUACGCGACGUACAAAGCGAACAUCUACUCCCUUCCGAUCCCCAACACCCUCGGGGCCCUCACCGUCGCUCUGCCGCCCCUCGCGGGCAUCGCCCUCGAGUGCAUCGUCAGCUUCCAAUCGCAGCUCGCGACCAAAGGCGCCUUGGAGACGUCCAAGGUGUUCCAGGCGGUGAAUGCCUUCUUCCUCGUCUACGAGACCGUCCUGGCCACGUUGGCGGGAACGCACAUUGCUCCGGCACAGGGACUCUGGUGUCCGUUGCACGAGAAGUGGAAUGCAAUGUGGCGCACCAAAGAUGCAACGUCCAUAUUGCGGAUACAGGAUGCGUUCGGCUGCUGUGGGUUCAACAGCCCACGAGAUAUGGCGUUCCCGUUCCAGGACAAGACACAUAGAGCCGACGCGUGCAUGGUUCGGUAUGAGAGGAACAUUGCGUGUGUGGAACCCUGGCGGACAGCAGAGCGGAGGGUUGCAAUCAUCAUGCUCGUAGUACCACUGGCAGUGUUCACGUGGAAGGUAUGUCGAUUUUUCUCGCCGAAAACGUCAUGGGAGGCCGCCGCUGACCGAAUCGUCAUGUGUAGGUUGUGCUUUUCCUUGCGCCUGGAUCCGACACCCAUUGGUUGCCUUCAGCGAUCCGCUUACCGCGUGAGCAGAAUGGUAGCAGGAGUGAACGACCUCGACCUGCCAUCACCUUUCGCAACGUUGAAGAUGGAGAGGAUGCGGACAGCCUGAGGGACGAAGUCGAUCGCCUGAACAAGGACAGCAACCUUGCUUCCCGCGUCGAGAGCGGCCGCGUCCGAUCCACUCCGCUCAUACAGGAGACGGAGAACAAUAUGUGGCGAGAAUGA